AUGGUGAAUAAUCCACUCAGGAGGGAGUACUGGCACGAGGUAGUCGAUGGGUUCAGGCCUGCUGCUUCUGCUCGGGCAGAAGCUCCCGUGACCACUGGCAGUACCGGCGGGGACUCGCUCGGCGACGAGAAGAACGGGUUCAUGGGUGCCGGUACUACAUCCUACGAAAUGUACAACUACAGCAACAGUAGUACAGGCGCCGGGGGUAAAGGUGACUCGCACAGUCUCACGCGGGAUGAGGCAGGGUCCGGUGUCAUGAAGGAGGACGUCGAUGGGCAUCCGCAGAUGAACAAAGAUCUAGACGUGAGACACCUCCUGACGCUCGCUGUCGGUGGUGCCAUCGGGACGGGUCUGUUCGUGAACUCUGGGGCUGCAUUGAGUUCUGGUGGGCCAGCAUCGUUAGUCAUUGACUGGGUGAUCAUCUCGACGUGUCUGUUUACCGUGGUCAAUUCGUUGGGGGAACUCGCUGCGGCGUUCCCCGUCGUAGGAGGGUUCAACGUCUACAUCACCCGGUUCAUCGACCCCUCGUUCGGGUUCGCAGUCAAUAUCAACUACCUGGCACAGUGGCUCGUCCUGUUGCCCCUAGAGCUGGUAGCCGCAUCAAUUACAAUCCGUUACUGGAACGAUAAGAUCAACUCGGACGCCUGGGUCGCCAUCUUCUACGCGGCAAUCGCCUUCGCCAAUAUGCUCGACGUGAAGUCGUUCGGGGAGACCGAAUUCAUCCUUUCAAUGAUCAAAAUACUGGCGAUCGUCGGGUUCACCAUCCUUGGGAUCGUCCUGUCAUGUGGCGGUGGGCCCAAGGGCGGGUACAUCGGUGGGAAGUACUGGCACGACCCGGGUGCGUUUGUCGGUGAAACCUCAGGCACCAAAUUCAAGGGGCUGUGUUCCGUGUUCGUCACUGCAGCGUUCUCUUACUCUGGGAUGGAACUGACAGCUGUGUCUGCCGCUGAAAGUUUAAACCCAAGAGAAACCAUCCCCAAGGCGGCAAAGAGAACUUUUUGGUUGAUCACUUUAUCGUACGUCACCAUCCUAACGUUAAUCGGUUGUCUAGUCCCUUACAACAACCCGAAACUGUUGAACGGGUCCAGUUCCGUCGACGCCGCAUCCUCUCCACUGGUCAUCGCUAUCGAAAAUGGUGGGAUCAGGGGGUUACCGUCGCUCAUGAACGCGAUCAUCCUAAUCGCUAUCGUCUCCGUCGCCAACAGUGCAGUGUACGCUUGUUCAAGGUGUAUGGUCUCCAUGGCCAGAAUUAGAAACUUGCCCCGGUUCCUAGGCCGCGUCGACCGCAAGGGGAGACCCCUCAACGCGACACUGCUCACCCUUUUCUUCGGCUUACUGUCCUUCAUUGCUGCAAGUGACAAACAGGAGGAAGUGUUCACAUGGCUGAGCGCACUCUCCGGGUUGUCGACCAUCUUCGCAUGGAUGGCGAUCAACUUAUCGCACAUCAGGUUCCGCCAGGCAAUGGCACACCAGGGGAUCUCCCUCGACGAGCUGCCGUACAUAUCGAUGACUGGGGUCAGCGGGUCCUGGUACGGUGUCAUUGUCCUGUUCCUCGUCUUGGUCGCAUCCUUUUGGACUUCGCUGUUCCCCUUGGGGGGCAAGGGUGCGGACGCAACAUCCUUCUUCGAGGGGUACUUGUCCUUCCCGAUCCUAAUUGUAUGCUACGUCGGGCACAAACUGUACAUCAGAAAGAAGAGGUUGCUCAUCGAUGUCGCGGAUAUGGACCUCGUCUCAGACAGGAAAGUCGUCGACGUCGAAGUGUGCCGCGAGGAGAUGCGGAUCGAGAAAGAGCAAUUGGCCAAGAGGUCUUUCUUCGCAAGGUUUCUACAUCUAUGGUGCUAG